UGCUCACAGCUGUGUGUUAGGGGCAGUGACUUUACUACGUAACUUCCCAGACAAAAGAGGAAAAUAACGACAGAACGGAGGAAAGGCAGAGGCAGCCCUUAUUUUAGAACUCCAGGGAAAUCUGAAUCUUAUAAAGAGAAGAGAGGCAUUGUAUUCCUGACAUUAUGGUACUAGUUUCACCUUUUCUGUUCACGCUUUGCAUUGUCUUCAUCUUUUCUCUCCCAUCCGAUACCCAGAAUAUCAAUGCCUUUAUGGAAAAGCACAUUGUUAAGGAAGGAGUUGAAACAAACUGUAACCAAACCAUCAAAGACAGAAACAUCCGGUUUAAAAAUAACUGCAAAUUCCGCAACACCUUUAUUCAUGAUACCAAUGGUAAAAAGGUGAAGGAGAUGUGCGCUGGGAUUGUUAAAUCUACAUUUGUAAUCAGUAAGGAACCGCUGCCUCUCACCGACUGCUUGUUGAUGGGACGCACUGCAAGACUCCCAAAUUGUGGUUAUAAUCAAACAAGAACAACUGGGAUCAUUAAUAUCACUUGUGAAAACAAUUACCCUGUGCACUUUGCUGGGUACAAAUCAGGCUUCUGUGCUUCAUAUUCUCCAUGCGCCUUAAUAGUAAUUACUGUUUUCCUUCUCAGCCAAAUUCUGCUCUCUGCUACGAGAUGAUACGUAGAAACCAAAGUAUCAAGAGCUAAAACUAUAGGGACUGAUAGUGACAGAUGCUUGUACCUUAGUCAUUUACAGACCUGUGUUUACAUUGAACCAAAGACAUAAUUAUAAUUUAAUGAACCUUGCCAUUGGCUGACUUCUAAAUAAUAAAAGCAACAUUUUCUAUUUUAA